CGAAAAGAGAACACUCACCACAUCCGGCACAGCGUUGUCCAGAUAGGGUGGUCGGAGGCUCGGAGCAACGUAUCAACAUGUCUUGGGGUUGCUACGUCCGAAUCGAACCCGGUCUGCGGCGCUGGAGUCUCUCCGGCGCUGCCACACGUCGACAUUGAGUAUCGAUUACAUACACAGAUAUAUACAUAUAUAUACAACACACAUUAAACACAGGUAAGCCCUUCAUCACUCUCACACCUUCGCACCCUCAUCCUACAGCAACAAUCACCAUCUAUCUACCCGUACCACCAUCGCCAUCGUGACCAUGUCGCCUCCAACCUACGAGUCCCAACGCGCGUGGAAAGACCUCGAGCAAUUCCUCCCGCAGCGCCUGCACUUCACCGAUGAACACCAUCCGGUUGAAGAGUGGUGGGAGAACCGCGGGCACACCAUCCACCUCGACCGCUGGAGGAACCCGGCCGCCAAAAUCCGCCUGAUCAUGCACCACGGCGUCGGCACCAACGGGCGCCAAAUGUCCAUGAUCCUCGGCGUCCCCUUGCACAAGGCCGGCUUCGAGCUCGUCGCGCUCGACAUGCCGGGCUACGGGCGCACCCAAGUCGCCCGGGGCGUCACCUACUCGUACGACGACUGGGUCGCGAUCGCCAGCGACUUCAUCGACUUUGAGCUGGAGCACGACCCCCGCCCGAUCGUGCUCUACGGCCUCUCCGCCGGCGGCAUGCUGACGUACCACGCCGCGGCGCUCAACCAGAAGGUCCGCGGCAUCGUGGGCAUGACCUUCCUCGACCAGCGCGUCCAGCAGGUCGCCGACGAGACGGCGCGCAACUGGUUCAUGAGCCGCGUCGGCCUCCCGAUGACCCGCCUCUGCGACAACGCGCUCACCAAGGACCUCUCGGUGCCCAUGUGGCUGGCGAGCAAGAUGUCGGCGCUGGCCAACGACCCCCACGCGCUCAAGGUCAUGCUGGCCGACCCCUCGUCCGCCGGCUCGUGGAAGUCGAUGCGCUUCCUGGCCACCUACUCGUCCUACCGGCCCGCCGUGGAGCCCGAGGACUUCGACGUCUGCCCCGUCCUGCUGACCCAGCCGGCCGCCGACGCCUGGACGCCGCUGCAUCUGAGCGAGUUGUUCCUGCCCCGCAUCACCAAGGUCCCGGUCCGCACGGUGAUGCUGGCCAACGCCGGCCACUACCCCUUGGAAGAGCCCGGGUUGGAGCAGCUGGCGGAUGCCAUCAUCCAGUUUUUGAGCGAGUUGGCGUGAAAUGUAUGUAUGUGUGUAUAUAUGUAUAUAUAUAUAGAGAGAGAGAGACGGUUCGGUUAGAAAAAUUCAUGCGUUUGGGUGGUCUAUGCCCGUACAACUACAA